UGCAUGAAGGAGAAGUGUGGAUGCCAGUCUACUCAUCUCCUCCGUGUUAUCCACAUUAGAAAGAGAGAGAGAGAUAGGAGAAUAAAGAGAAAGAAAAGAGAAAGAAGCACAUUAGGAAAAAAAGAGAGAAGAAAAGAAAGAUAACCCACAAAACAACUCACAAAAGAGAGCAAGAGUGAAUGAGAGACAGACAGAGAGAGAGAGAAAAAAAAAAGAGGAAGAUAUAACCCGAGGUCCCAGCGCGUAACCUUGGAGUCUCCCAGCCCUACACACACACACACCAGUGCUGUGCUAGGAACCGUUCAUAUACGUCGCUACAAACUUCCCUCCGCUGGUGACUUGGCCUGUGCGUGUCUCGUUCCCACAUACUGCAAGAUGAGCUGUGGCAUGGGGUGCUGGAAGAAAACUACAGUGGUGGCGGCGGUGGUGGUGGUGCUGGUGGCGGUGGCGGCGAGCGGCGUGACGGGCAGACCUAACGAGGACAUGGACAGAAGCAAGGACCCCGUGUUUAACGUUUGGGAGUACGCCAUUAGCAACAACAGAUACAACCCGAAGAGGGAAGCUGCCCCCAGUGCCGACCCGUGCACCACAGCCAUCGUGAGCUGCUGUCUGAUCAACAGCAGGGCCCCGAGAGACCACUGCUUCAGUGAAUACGGAUGCCCAGGUGCUUGGUUCAACAAUCUCUGCUCCAACAAAUUCAAGGGACUGGUUCGGAAUGUCGUGGACCAGGCCUUCUUUGGCGGCUUCUAAGCUGGCGGGCUGACUGAAUAGCUGGCUGGCUGCUGGGGGUGGUGCAAGGUGAAGAGAGAAGAUGAAGGUGUGGUUAUCGGGGUAGGAAGGAAGAGGGAGGUGAAGGGAGGGCUUGGUAGGAGGAAUGGUAGGGGAGGGGAUGAGAUGGAGAGAAAGGUAGAUGGAGAGAUGGUGUUUAAAGGAGAAUGGGAGCGAAAGAAAGGAAGGAGGGAAAGUAUGAAUAGGAGAGAAGGGAAAUGAUAAUGAGAAAGGAAAGGAGGGAGGGAGAGGGGAAUGUAGAGACAGAGGAAGGGUCAGGAAGGAACAAACAAAGGAAGAAAUAAGGAAGGGAGGUGGUGGGGAAAAAAAUAAAAUAAAAUAAAAUAAAAUAAAACAAAAUAGAAAUAAAAUAGAAUAGAAUAAAAUAAAGGAAGGAAGGAAAGAAGACGAAGGGAACAAAAAAAAAAAGACAAAACAAAAAGGAAUAACUAGUGUACGAAAUGAGAGCGAAGAAAUAAACGGGAAAAAAUAUUACGAUGAGAAACUGGAAAAAAGAAAAUGAAGAGAAAAUUAGGAAGAAAAAAUGAAAGAAAAGAAGGUAAAAGGAAAUGGAAAGAGGAUGGAAAGGAAGAAAUACAGAUCACGCUAGGAAGGAAAAAUGAUGAGAGAGAGAGAGAGAGAGAGAGAGAGAGAGAGGGAGAGAGAAAGUGCAAAACGUGGUUGUGUCGUCUCGUGUCUUCGAAGCACCUAAGGGGUUUAGUUCGAAGCGCCUAGUGGUGUUCGAAGCUUCACUUGAGACUUAGAGGAGGUAACGGAGGAACAAAGAGAGGGAGGAAGACCAAGGAAGAAGGAAAGCAAGCUGCCAGAAGAGAUGACACAAAGAAGAGGAAGAAGAAAAAGAUGAUGAUUACGAUUACAUGACGUGGUGUGAAAAGAGAGAGGGAAAAGAAGCAAAAAUGAUGAUGAAUGUAGUGGACAGAUAUAAAAUAACGAGAGAAGGAAGAAGAGAGGGAGGUAAAGAGGAAAGUAAUAAAAAAAGUAUGCAGUAAAGAAGACACACCUAAUGAGUAGCAAUUAUUAUUAUUAUUAUUAUUAUUAUUAUUAUUAUUAUUAUUAUUAUUAUUAUUAUUAUUAUUAUUAUUGUUGUACUUUGGUGUACUGUACUUUUCCUUCACAUUGUUAUCUUGGUAAGGAUAAUGUUGUUAAUUAGAAAUAUGAAUAGCAAUAUUAUGCAUUUGCUGAUAUUGGACACACACACACACACACACACACACACACACACACACACACACACACACACGCACACACGCACCCAGAGAGAAAAAUUAUUGCUCGUUUGUUUUGUGAAUUGUUUGAAAUAAAAAAUGCAACGAUA